GUAAAAUUCUUUGAAGGUUGCAUGAGAUGUAAUCAACAUUCAUGGUUACAAUAUAAGUCCAACAUGAAUCUUUUUAGCAUUUCUGAAACGUCUUUUCCAUAGAGAAUGAACCUCUCCUUACUUGUUUCGUAAAAGUGAUUUUCAUUUCCACAAACAUGAUCAUAAGCAUCAACGUCGGUUAUCUGAGCCUGCUGUUCAUGGGUUUGCUGAACUUCCUGGACGCCCACAGAAUAUUAAUGCAGGGACUCCGAGUGAUGCCGAAUUCUGUGGGGAGGACCGAGAAGGAGCAUUUGUCUUGUCAAAGAUGCGACAACAACGUAUCAUGUGCAUAUGAAGAGUCAGAGGUGUUUGAAAAUUGUCCGCAAGAGUGGAAGUCGCGACAGAAGUUGAACCUCGUGAGGCAAAAGCGUCCGCGGGCGAUGUUGAACGACAUCUAG